CAUAUAAUAUAGUGGUAUGACCAACGCAUGACCCGCUUUCAGCUACUUUGGCCGGUGCGACCGGCAUGCGGCCAAGGUGUGAAAAUUAUGUCCAUGGCAAUCAAAAUAUAACAAAAGACGACUCGUAAUUUAGUAGUCUUCAUUCGCGAAGAAUCUCCUAGCGCCUAGACAACUACUUUCCUGAGUUUUUCCGUGUUCUUGAGGAGGAAUCCCGCAUGGCUGACAUGGAAGCGCUUGUAGAAGAGGAGGGGGGGCUGGAUGAGAAGUGUGGCGUGUUCGCCUGUGUGGCUGCCGGAGACUGGCCCACACAGCUAGACGUGGGGCAUGUUAUAUGCCUGGGACUUGUAGGCUUACAACAUAGGGGACAGGAAAGUGCUGGGAUCGUCACGAGUAGAGGCAAGGGUGAUGACAUCUUGGCGAGACAUAAGGGCAUGGGAAUGGUCAGCAACAUCUUCACAGACGAAACUCUUGGGAAAAUGAAAGGAAACCUGGGCAUCGGACACACACGCUACUCCACGGCAGGGUUCUCGGAGUUAGUGAACUGUCAGCCAUUUGUGGUGGACACCAUACACGGGAAGAUAGCCGUGGCACAUAACGGGGAACUGGUCAAUGCUGGGCCCUUGAGACAAAAGGUGAUGAAGCGUGGCAUCGGCCUUUCCACAGGAUCGGACAGUGAGGUCAUCACGCAGCUCCUCUGUUCCAUCCCAUCAGACGGGGAGCCUGACGGCCCUGAUUGGCAGGCCCGCAUCCGUAACGUCAUGAACGAAACACCAAUGUCGUACUCGCUGGUCAUCAUGACGGGGGAGUGUUUGUACGCUGUUAGAGAUCCGUACGGAAACAGACCUUUGUGUAUAGGCAGGUUGAUGUCAGGGGUCAGCUAUAAUAAUCCAGUUAAAAAUGGCUAUGACAGCGUAUCAGAAGACGUAGAAGGCUGGGUAGUGUCAUCAGAGUCCUGCUCCUUCCAGUCUCUCGGAGCGGUGUAUCACCGAGAAGUCGAACCCGGAGAGAUCGUCAGAGUCACCAGGGACGGCGUGGAAUCCGUCUGUGUUGUACCACGACCCAACCAGGAUCCUCCUGCAUUUUGUAUCUUUGAGUAUGUGUACUUCGCAAGAGCUGACUCUGUCAUGGAAGGUCAGAUGGUGUACUCAGUUCGGAUGCGCUGUGGCCGACAGCUUGCCAGAGAAGCCCCCGUUGAAGCAGACCUGGUCAGCACAGUGCCAGAGUCUGCCACGCCUGCUGCUAUGGGUUAUGCUCAACAGUCUGGGAUCCCGUAUGUAGAAGUCCUCAACAAGAACCGCUAUGUUGGGAGGACUUUCAUCCAGCCUAACAACAGGUUAAGGCAGCUGGGCGUGGCCAAGAAGUUUGGUGCUUUAGCGGAAAACUUCAAGGGGAAGAGAAUUGUUCUGAUUGAUGACUCUAUCGUCAGGGGCAACACCAUCGGACCAAUAGUGAGGCUUCUUUUCAACGCUGGAGCCAAGGAGGUGCAUAUACGUGUGGCCUCUCCACCAGUCAAGAACCCCUGCUACAUGGGGAUAAACAUCCCCACCAAAGAGGAGCUCAUUGCUAACAGGCUGGAAGCCGCCAAACUUGCCGAAUGCCUGGGUGCAACAAGCGUAGUGUACUUAACUGUAGAGGGCCUCACGUCAGCUGUAAGGGAAGGCAUUCAGCAUAGUAAGGACAAUGGAGUGGGACACUGUACUGCCUGUCUGACUGGGAAGUACCCAGUAGAGCUGGAGUGGUAGUGUGUCUACUACGGGUGGGUACUGUGUACCGGUACAAAACCAUUCUUUCUUGUUGGACCGAUCCAGAAAAACUGAACCUGAAAAAAUCAGUCGACCGGAUCUUGGACCGAUUUCAAAAUGAACCAAUUAUAUCGGCAGGCGUUCACAUGUUUUGGGGCUUACAGGUCCAAGAAAAGAACAAGACCGAAGUAGAGGAAAGUUGAUAGUCAUUAUCAACAGGCAGUUGGUGCUGUUUACAGGACUCUGAUAGGAUUUAAAACGCCAGUGGAUGUUGGAUACUCCACCAAACAGAAUCAUUUAUAGCAAAAUGGACCAUUGUUUUGAGUAUCGCCCAUUCAUAAGUUUCACAGAUAAUCAGGUUCAGCUCCGGAGCCUAUGGACCUGAACCAUACCUGUACCUGAUUUUUCUGUACCGGUACCCACCCCUAGUGUCUACUGUAUGUAGCAGGGACAAUGUGGCCUUCUUAGCUUUGUACAAUGCCUCCAUUGGAACUACAGUAUAACAUUGCAUCAUGGCAUUCUUACUGCGACAGUAUUUAAAGAAGUCAUCAUACAUGUGCCAUGUGUGAGAUUGGUAAGUUAGCUUGGAAAAUGAUGUUGUUGAGUCACAAUCUAAAUAUGACACUGGGGUUAAUGAUUUGAUAGCUUCCUUGCUCUUUUCUCUUGGGCAAAGAGGAAUAGUGUCCAUUCAGGCCUUGAGGGAGGUAACUGAAAAGUUGCAGUUUGGUAAAUGCUACUUAGGUUGUUAUUCAAGACUCAUUUUCUCAGAACACAAUAUGUCAUUUCAGGAAGCCAUUUAAGUCUUUCAUUAUGUACCUUACAUGAAACAACGCUGCAGUAUAAGUGUUGCAUUAUCAAGUGGAGCUGAAAUGAGAUUCUAGAGAACUGAUGCCAAAAGUAUAUAUCAGGUUACUUGAUUUGUCUUGUCAGCUAAAGCCACACUGACUUAAUUUUUUGAAUGACAUCUUCUGGAGACCCCAAACCUAAUAUGCGAAGGCAAAAAAA